AUGGCAGACAAUAACGUUGGAGAAUCAGCAGGUACAUGUCAUGCAGAAGAGUGCGCUCCCCCUACCAGACCAACUGACAAAAUUCUGCAUAAGGACAAAUCGGGUGAAGACACAGUUUUACCUGCCAACAACGUUAAAAAGAAUACACCUGAAGUAAUUACUUCGUCACGUGAUCCAAGAAAGCUGUCGGUACAAAAAGAUGCCAUCACCGAGGUGUUACAGCUUGGGAGGAUUGACGGUAAGAAAGAAAUAUCUUCUACAACGGGUGUUAUCAGUUCAGGUGCGGGUAUUACUGUUGAUCCAUCGGGUUCUGACAACCCCCCCAUAACCCAUCACAUUAAUGAUUUAAGGAAAUCUACAUCAGUAAACCAAAACCCAGAUCAACUACCAUCGUUAUCGCCAGCCCUAGUCCCAAAUCCCAUUUCAUACCCUAAUUUCGAUUGUGAACAGAAAGAGGCGAAAACUAAUCGAAAAGAUGAUAGAGAACUUUCAGCUUCUUCGGUUUCGUCGAUUGAUACCACAAAGAGAAAGACUAAAGGCCACAACAACAAUGUUAAUCUUCUCUUGGAACUGUCGAGGGAUGGGAAACAUCUCGACAGGGCUUGCAACCCUCAAAUUGCUUUCCUAUCAGAAACCUUACUAAAUGAGGUAAAAUCAGUUAAUAUUUUCUCUACUUUAAGCUUUGAUAAUUAUUACCGUGUUCCUGCGGUUGGUAGAAGUGGAGGCCUAGCAAUACUGUGGAAUGAUUCUGUAAAUUUGGAAAUUCUUCAUGUUGAUACAAAUGUAAUUCACUGCCGCAUCAUUAACCUGCUGGAGAAAGAAUGGGAUUUCCUUUGUGUCUAUGGACCACCAAACCAUCAAAAGAGGAAUGCUUUAUGGAAAAAUUUCUCGAAUUAUACUUCUCAUAUCCAUAACCCUUGGUGUAUGGUGGGAGAUCUUAAUGCUAUAAGUUCUAUGUCUGAAAAGCACAGUGGGAAUCAAAAAUGGAGUUCAGUUAAUCAAGGUUUCAAGGACAUUAUCCAAGACAGAAGCUUAAUUGAUAUGGGUUAUAUAGGACCAGCCUUUACUUGGUCUAAUUGUGCCAUGAUGAAUGAACCUAUAUAUGAGAGACUUGACAGAGAUUUAUGCACCACUAGUUGGUUAAUGCAGUACAAAGAUAAUGGGGUUUUUCAUCUCCCCAGAAUCAGCAGUGAUCAUGCCCCCAUUCUUAUUAAUACUCACAGAACAAGUAAAAGGAAACGAAAGCAUUCAAACAAGAUUGAAUAUUAUUGGAUGGAUCAUCCUGAAUUCCAAGAUAUAGUGGUAAAUACCUGGUCCUCUCAGAAUGGUAAUACUUUGAGCAAGCUGGAAGAAGUUGGGAAAGCACUACACAAGUGGAGCAGGAAGUCAUUUGGCAAUAUAUUUCAGGCUGUGGAAGAGGCGAAAACUGAGCUCCUUAACUUACAAAAAGAAGCACAUAUAAGAGACACUAGAGCUGAAGUGAAAAUCCUUUGUGACAAGAUUGAGACCCUCCACCAGAUGCAAUACAAGAAGAGGAAGAACCAGAUUACUGCAAUCCAAAGAACUGAUGGCAGCUGGAUCACAAAGGCCAAGGAGGUGGUAGUUCAUUUGGUGGACCAUUUUUCCUCUCUAUUUAAAGAAGAUCCACAAGAAAUUAACAAUGUCAUUCACUUUCAAGCCCCAGUUUCCUUAGAUACUUCUGAUAAUGAAGUGAUAGCCAGCAUUCCUGUUUCUGAAGAGAUUUGGAGUGUGAUCAAGCAAAUGAAGAAUCUUAAAGCGCCGGGUCCUGAUGGGAUGCCUGCUAUUUUCUUUAAACGAUGUUGGGAGAAUAUUAGUGAGGAGAUGCAGAUGGAUGAUAAGUAUCUUGGUCACCAACUUCUCAAGUCUGCCUAUAGGAUUGAUUCGUAUGAUUUCUUAUCUGACAAAUUUUACUCCAAGUUAGCGGGAUGGAAAAGAACCCAUUUUUCACAUGCAGACAGAAUUAUCAUGAUCAAUCAUGUCCUGGGGCUUAUUACACCUUAUUAUAUGGCCACUUCUCUCAUUCCGAAGAAAGUCCUACAAAAGCUCACAAGAACAGUGAAGAACUUCUGGUGGGGGCACUCUAAAGAUGUACAAAAACCUCACUUCAUCAAUUGGAAGAGAUUUGAACAACCAAAAGAAGUUGGAGGAUUAUGA